GCUGCGCUGCCAGGUGUCUUCGCGUUCAUACCGAGGUUUCAGUGGAAAGAUCCAGCAGCACAGGACCCGCGCGAUCCAGGAGUCGAAUCAAAGCCCAGCCCUGGAUUCAAUACUCCUGAUCAAUGGACAGAGCCUCCUCAGCGGGCAGCAGCGCUACAGACACGUCGUAAACAACUCAUUCUCUCUGGCCGGAGAUCCUCUGGGGGCCUGGAGGAGGAUGGAGCGAGGAGGGGAGAGUCCCAUCACCCAGGACAGUCCUGAGCGAAGGGGAGGCAGCCCAGAUCUCAGUGGCCUCCCGCCACCGGGGAAGAAGGGCCGGUUGGAGCUCAACGGGAGUCCCACUGGGCCACGAAUACGCCACAACGGAGCCCCACCAAGACCCCUUGGAGGUCUGAUGAUUCCAGUCUUCUGUGUGGUGGAGCAGUCAGAUGGGGGGAUCCAGACAGAUGUGUGUGAGGGACGAGAGGAGCACGCAGAGUUUGUCCUGGUCAGGAAGGAUAUUCUCUUCUCUCAGCUGGUGGAGACGGCUCUGCUGGCCCUCGGUUACUCCCACAGCUCUGCUGCACAAGCCCACGGCAUCAUCAAGGUGGGAAAGUGGAACCCACUGCCCAUCCACUUUUUGACUGAUGCUCCAGAAGCAACUGUCGCCGACAUGUUGAUGGAGGUCUACCACAUGGUCACAUUACGCAUUCAGCUACAAAGUUUUUCAAAGCUGGAGGAUCUGCCCUGCGAACAGUGGAACCAUGCGACCGUCAGGAAUGCUCUCAAAGAGCUUCUGAAAGAAAUGAACCAAAGUACUCUGGCCAAAGAGUGUCCUCUGUCACAGAGCAUGAUUUCCUCCAUAGUGAACAGCUCCUACUAUGCCAACGUCUCCACUGCCAAAUGUCAAGAAUUUGGUCGUUGGUACAAGAAGUAUAAAAAAAUCAAAGGAGAUUACUUGGAGAAGAUGUGGUCUGGACGAGAUGCUACUGAUAUUAAAAUUGAGAGAGACAACAUGGCCGACUUCUGUGUGUUGGGCCAGAGACCUCCACCUCAUUUGGCUGGCCUGGCACAGCUCAGUCACCUGGGAGCCAGCAGUCCCCUCCUCAAAGCAGGAUCUGGAGAUCCACAGGCACCCUCCCAGACACCCCAGCAACCACCUCCUCCUCCUCAGCAACAGCCGUCACCUCACGGCCCCCUCCACCACAGCCCUCCUCUCCGUACAGGGCCUCCUCCUCCCCCACCUCCUCCACCUGGUGCCCUGCAGCCCCUGCUGGGCCCAGGUGGACUGCUCUCCCCUCAACUCUCCCCGCAGCUGGUACGGCAACAGCUCGCCAUGGCCCACCUCAUAAACCAACAGCUAGCCGUGAGCCGCCUGCUGGCUCACCAGCACCCUCAAGCUCUCAACCAGCAGUUUCUCAACCAUCCGCCCAUCCCUCGGGGUUCAUCCAAAGUGGGGGGUGACCACCCUGGAAGCAACCCCUCUGCUUCUGAAGUCUCCUCUGAAAUCUACCAGCAGGUCAGAGAUGAGCUGAAGCGAGCUAGCGUGUCCCAGGCUGUGUUUGCCCGCGUGGCUUUCAACCGUACACAGGGCUUGCUCUCAGAGAUCCUGAGGAAGGAGGAGGACCCUCGCACAGCCUCACAGUCUCUGCUGGUGAAUCUGAAGGCCAUGCAGAACUUCCUCAAUCUGCCGGAGAGCGAGCGAGACCGAAUCUACCAGGAGGAGAGAGAACGCACCAUGAACCCUUCAGUGGGCCUUCCCGCCUCCAACUCCUCCAACCCUGGCGCACCGCGCCUUUCACAGAAAGUGUGGGAGAGAAGCUUGGAUGACCAGAAAAUCCCAGAUACCUGGGCCUCCAUCUGGAAGAACAAGGCUAAGAUCUGUAACUCUCCCAAGCCGUCUGGCCCGGCCCCCGACCUCCCACUGAAGCUGGAGUCACUGGUCAACAUUACGUCAGGUAUCUAUGAUGAAAUUCAGCAAGAGAUGAAGAGAGCCAAAGUGUCCCAAGCUCUGUUUGCAAAGGUGGCCGCCAACAAGAGCCAGGGCUGGCUGUGCGAGCUGCUUCGGUGGAAGGAGAACCCGAGCCCAGAGAACCGCACUCUGUGGGAGAACCUGUGCACCAUCAGGAGGUUCCUGACGCUGCCGCAGGCUGACAGAGAUCUGGCAUACGAGGAGGAGUCCAGACACCAUCACACCGAGAGGCUGCACACUGUCCUCCACAUGCCACAGGACACGCAGCUCUUUUGUCUUUCUCGCCAGGCGCUUCACAGGCCACCCCCAGUCCCCAUGAAGGAGCACCACCUGUCUCCAAUGCGUGAGGAGCCGUUGUCUGCCCCAGUGAAUGAGGAGAGGUCACAGAACAUGGGUGCAGGACCUACAGGUGUUCCACCUGGCAAUGUUGGCAGUGCAGGAAGUAAUAAGAAGCCCCGGUCACGCACUAAGAUUUCCCUGGAGGCCCUGGGUAUUCUGCAGAGCUUCAUCCAGGAUGUUGGCCUGUACCCAGACCAGGAGGCCAUUCACACCUUGUCUGCACAGCUUGACCUCCCCAAACACACCAUCAUCAAGUUCUUCCAGAACCAGCGGUACCACGUCAAGCACCACGGCCGCCUCAAGGACCUGGGUGAGGGUGCUGCUGCCAGCGGAGGGGUUGAUGUCAGCGAGUACAGGGAAGAGGAGUUGCUUUCAGGCUCAGAGGACCCAGAGUCGAGCGAGGAUGGGGCUGAGGAGAUCUACCAGCCCACAGAGGGGAACAGUGGGAGCACCGGGGGGCUGAACCAACCUCCAACAUCCUCCAGCUCCAACUCCAGCCAGUCGUCUUUAGGGCCCAAUGCGGCUCAGGAAGAGGGGAAGGACAAAGGGCAAGGCAGGCUUAGUGGAUCUCUGGCCCCUGGGAGUUCCUCAUCCAGUCCUCGAGAGCAGGCGGACUACCAGAGGUAGAGACUGACAACAGAGGAGAGGACAGAGAUAAAGACAGAAUGAGAAGAAGCAGGAAAAAUGGAUGUUCUGUGAUAGUGAAGUGAAGAAUUUCUUGUGAACUGAUGGAGGGUGGCAGCAUAGGAAGGUGAAUGUCUAUCCAGGCACAUUAACCAAGAAACCAUUGGGCUGAAACACUGUACAUCUGAAAUGAUCAGACAGACUUGUGUACAGUUCCAAUCACAGAUUUGUAGAGUGAAAUUACCUCAAUAGAAGAAAACAGGUUACCAGAGUGCUGUGAUACAGCAGUAGUUGUAUAAAUGUGAAAGAAUAUUCCCCAAGGAAUGUUUAAAUCAUUCACCCCAGAUUUUCAUUCGUACAAAAGACUUUUAAUACUCAUGACUCCAACCUCGAAACAGUCGCACCAAUUUAGAAAAGCCACUCCAAAGGUGUGGGAUGUUCCUCCUCUGUAAAGACCGAGCACAGUCACAUAGGACUUAAAUGUUGGGCUGGAUUCGCCCCCAAACAGUGGCUGGUUCCUGGGGCACACGGAGAACUCUACAAUCUAAAAAAUGGAAAUCCUCAGGACACACAUUGAUGUUGCUAAUGCCUCUACCUGCCUGAGACCGCAGGUAGAGAGCACUCUCUGUGCAUCUUCAAGCUUUAUUUCAUUACGGAAAAAAAGGGCAAUGGGCGACACACUUCCCGCCUCUGCCUCACAAUCACACUCCAGAAGAGUCCAAUGUAACACUUACUGUUCACAAAGACGCUGAUAUUUAGUGGAUGUGCUGUAUUCAUGUCCCACUUCUUCCCUCCUUCUGUCUCGCCUCUCGAGCCUGGAGAAAGAAAAAGAAAAGUUUUUAAAUGAGCGUGGAGAGCAGCAGUGGACAGUCUGGCAGGAGGACAGUGCAGAGGAUGUGGCGUGGAGGGACACUCACAUUCAUGACUGGCA